AUGUGUGGUAUCAUUGCCGUUAUCCACGGCGACCCCAAGUCGCAAUCCGCCUCGGUAGAGGUUCACGAUGCCCUCUACCUCCUCCAGCACCGCGGACAAGACGCUGCUGGUAUAGUCAGCUGCAGCGCUGGUGGUCGUUUUCACCAGUGCAAGGGCAAUGGCAUGGCCUCCAAGGUCUUCCAGGAUGGUGCUCGUGUUUCCGAUCUCCCCGGCUUCAUGGGUCUCGGCCAUUUGCGAUACCCCACAGCUGGCAGCAGCGCGAACUCUGAGGCUCAGCCCUUUUACGUCAACAGCCCGUAUGGUAUCUGCAUGACCCACAAUGGUAAUCUCAUCAACGCCCCCGCGCUGCGCCAGCGACUCGAUCACGAGGCCCACAGGCACAUCAACACAGAGAGCGACAGUGAGCUUAUGCUGAACAUCUUCGCCGAUGAGCUCAACGAGACUGGCAAAGCACGUAUCAACGCUGAUGACUGCUUUGCUGCGCUUGAGAGGAUGUACAAGCUCUGCACUGGCGGAUGGGCAUGUACAGCCAUGCUUGCUGGAUUCGGUCUUAUUGGGUUCCGUGACCCCUACGGUAUUCGCCCCAUGGUCCUUGGAUCCCGGCGCUCGCAAGAUGGCCACGGUAUGGACUACAUGAUGGCCUCUGAAAGUGUCGCACUAGUCCAGUGUGGCUACAAGGACUUUAAGGACAUUCUGCCCGGCCAGGCUGUCAUCAUCGAGAAGGGCAAGGAGCCGGUCUUCCGACAGGUUGCUAAGCAAGAAGCGUAUACCCCGGAUAUCUUCGAAUACGUUUAUUUUGCUCGACCAGACUCAGUCAUUGAUGGUAUCGAUGUGGAUGAGAGUCGACGCAACAUGGGCUUUACGCUCGCCGAGACGAUCAAGAAGCAGCUGGGUCCUGAAAAGAUGGCUGAGAUUGAUGUCGUAAUGCCAAUUCCAGAGACUUCCAUCACGUCAGCUCUCUGUGUCGCUGAAGCCCUUGAGAAGCCGUAUGUACAAGGCUUUGUCAAGAACCGCUACAUCUUCCGCACAUUCAUCAUGCCAUCGCAAAAACUACGACAAAAGGGUGUCCGGGCGAAACUCAACCCAAUGAAGAAGAAGUUUGACGGCAAGAAUGUCUUGCUUGUCGAUGACUCGAUUGUCCGCGGCACAACGUCGCGUGAGAUUGUAUUGAUGGCGCGCGAAGCUGGAGCGAAGAAGGUAUACUUCACGUCAUGUGCACCGCCCAUCACCAACGCUCACAUCUACGGUAUCGAUUUGGCCUCGUCCUCGGAGCUUAUUGCCCAUCACCGUGACUCAGCAGCUAUUGCUAAGCACAUUGGCGCUGACGAUGUCGUUUACCAAAAGCUUGAGGAUUUGGAAAGUGCAUGCGCGCGCCUUUCGCCACGCGAUCCCGCGACCCAAAAGUUCGAGGUGGGCGUUUUCUGUGGCAAGUACGUCACACCUGUGGACGAUGGCUACUUUGAGCAUCUCGAAAAGGUGCGAGGAGAGAGCCGAAAACAAAAGGUCAUGGAGAAAGCACGUGAGGCGGUUGUUCACGGCACAGCAAAUCCGCAGCAGGUGCGCAUGGCCGCUAAGGGUGUCGAAGUUGACCAACAUGGAAAUGUCAUCCCGGCAGAAGGUGGCGCUGAAUCAUCCGAUGGGCAGCCGGUCAAUGGCAACAAUGAUUCUAGGCCUGACGGCUUGACCAACAGCAACGGCGAAGAGCGGCGCGUUACCAGCAGUCAAGAUAUCAGCCUACACAACAUGAAUGACUUCAACUAA